AUUUUCAAAUUUCCUAUUCCACCCUACGAAUCCACCAAAAAAGCCGAACCACAAACCCUAAUCUCUCUCUCUCUAGGACAGUCUCUCUCUGUCUCCACAUGGGAAAUGGGCAUUGCCUGUUUCCGUCGAGUUUCCUCCGAGGUCCGCUCGGAGACAGAAACAUCACGUCUGGCCCAGAACCAUGGAAUCACUUGUCGCCAUCGCUCGUCAUGGAUCCAAAGACGUGAGCCAUUGCUCCUCUCUCUCUCUCUGAUUCAUUUUUGGUGAUAUAAAUGGAAUACAGCCAAAGUUUUGUUGCCGUACUUCAAUUUACUUCGUAGUUUACCCGCUUGAUUAAUUGGCUGGCUACUACGCAUAAUCAAUUAUUUAAUUAAUAUCACGUGGAUGGCACAGAGUUAUAGUGUCAUUCUCCACCACGCAUUGUAUAUUAUUUGCAUUGAUUCAGUGUUUAGUUCGUGCAUGAUUUCUCCUCUUCCAUCAUCUUUUUCCUAUUUUGUUACUUUGUUUCUUGUUAAUAAAAAUUUCUGCUAGGCUGUUCAUUUUCAACUGACGUAAGCCGUGAUGUGUAAAAUGAACCAGUCCAAGCAGCUUGGCCAUCAUCAUUAAUUGUAUUCCACGGUUCCAGCUAGUGGCUAGCUUUUAAUAAAAAGCUGCUGCCAUACAAAGCAUAAACUGUUUAUACCUUUAUCCUCUCCUGACAAUUAAUCUACUCAAGGCAAGCCUGUUAUUUUAAUUAUUCGUCUGUUUGUCAUCAUUGUAAGAUGCGCGUUUCGAUCAAUCUCCAUACAUUUGAUUGUUCGACAGCCGGGUGAGUUUAAAAAGACAGAAGAAGAAGAAGAAAAAGAACUCUUGAUCAUUGGUGCAAGAGUACAUACUGAACAAUAUCACAGAAGAAGAGGAGAGGUAGCACGCGGUUGGGGGCUGAAUUCUUGCUUCUGAGGGGGGUCUGUACAAAUUAUGGCAGAGGAGCAGAUCAAAGAGACCCUCUUGAAGAAGAAGAUUUACUAUGAGGAUUGCCCAGGCUGUCAAGCGGAACAGCUUAAAGCCGCGCGCCGAGGCUUACCCAUCAAAGAACUCUUUUCUGUUUGGAUGGUUGUUCUCUGUACUGCGCUGCCAAUAUCAUCUCUCUUUCCAUUCCUUUAUUUCAUGAUUAGGGAUUUUGGCAUUGCAAAAAGAGAUGAAGAUAUUGGCUACUAUGCUGGUUACGUUGGGUCGUCAUUCAUGUUUGGAAGAGCUUUGACAUCUGUUUUCUGGGGAGUGGUAUCCGACCGAUAUGGUCGAAAACCGGUUAUAAUUAUUGGCACUUUUACUGUGGUGGUGUUCAACACGCUCUUUGGUCUUAGUUUGAACUUUUGGAUGGCUAUCAGCACAAGGUUUCUUCUUGGAAGUUUAAAUGGUUUACUUGGACCAAUAAAGGCAUAUGCAGCUGAAAUAUUUCGUGAUGAACAUCAAGCAUUAGGGCUGUCAGCUAUUAGUACAGCAUGGGGCUUAGGAUUGAUUGUUGGCCCAGCUUUGGGAGGUUUUCUAGCUCAGCCAGCUGAAAAAUAUCCAAGUCUAUUUGCUAAAGAAUCUCUCUUUGGGAGAUUUCCAUAUUUUUUGCCUUGCCUCUGCAUAUCACUCUUUGCUUUGGUAGUAUGUAUUGCUUCUUUUCGGCUUCCGGAAACAUUGCACAUGCAUGACAAAGUCAAUGAAUCACAAGAUGACUCAUAUGAUGCCUUGGAGGCUGCAUCCUGCGAGUCUAAUGUAAAUGAGAAAACUAAAGAUAUUGAAGGAAGAGGGCCCCCUUCUAAACAAAGUCUCAUCAAGAAUUGGCCCUUGAUGUCAUCCAUCAUUGUUUAUUGUGUAUUCUCACUUCAUGAUAUGGCUUACACGGAGAUUUUUUCAUUAUGGGCCGUUAGCCCUAGAAAUUAUGGUGGUUUGAGCUACACUACUCAGGACGUUGGGGAAGUUCUUGCAAUUUCAGGUUUUGGUCUUUUAGUCUUUCAACUUUCUCUAUAUCCAUUUGUAGAGAAGAUUCUUGGCCCCAUCGUGAUUUGUCGCAUAGCAGGAGUUUUAUCCAUACUGCUGCUGUCUAGUUAUCCCCUCAUGGCCAUGCUGUCCGGUUUCAGUCUCACACUAGUGUUGAAUUCUGCAUCUGUGCUGAAGAAUGUUCUCUCUGUGUCCAUUAUAACUGGCACGUUCCUUCUGCAAAACAAAGCUGUGGACCAACACCAAAGAGGAGCUGCAAAUGGCAUUUCCAUGACGGCAAUGUCUCUUUUCAAAGCAGCUGGUCCUGCUGGAGGAGGUGCUCUCUUUUCUUGGGCACAGAAGCGUCAGCAUGCUGCCUUCUUCCCAGGUGAUCAGAUGGUUUUCUUUAUCCUUAAUGUUAUUGAGGCACUUGCAGUGUUGAUGACGUUUAAACCAUUUCUUGUUGAACGCAAUGGAUUUCAAUGACUCUAAUUGAAUUUUAGGACCAAGAUGGCCAAAAUAUUCCUAAAAGUUCUUGCAUUGAGUACAUAUUUCAUGCUCCUCACCGUUUAAUGACCAUGUGCCCUCUAAUCUUCAAAGGUCAUGCUGCAAGUUGGGCACACGAUUAGCUAGGUGGAAGUUAUAAAAUUUUUUCAUUUCUUAUCCCGUGUAAAAGAAAGCUGUUGUGUGUUGUUUACAUGAAGUAGUUGCUUUCAGGAGUUGAAUUCAUUUUUGAGAAAUCCAUUUCACAUUUUGGCCA